AUGGCUGCCUCCACUGUUUCCUCCUGGGUUCCACCUUCACUUCCCGAGCCCGCCGCCGCCUCAGGCUUGAUCCUCCUCGACAGUUUGUGCUACAUCGCCUACCUCCCAAACAACACCACCGCCAAGAGCACCACGAGCACCGGCUUGCCGAUCGAGGUGACCCUCCGCGCCGCCCGGCCGCCACUUGUCUCCCACUUCUGUGUCCACUGCCCUGGCCUGGACUUCAGCCGCAUAGGGCCCAAGAUCGUCGCCACCGACGCGGAUCUCGUCCUCCUCCGCGUUCCCCUCGACCCCAACGGCAGGAGCAUCUCAGGUUGGAACUGGGACCACUUCGUCUACAGGCCGCGCGCCCAGUGGCUAGAUCUGGUACCGACCCCCCCGCACCUCGGGGCGCUCGACGCCGCCGCAACCGCCCUCAUUAGCCGCGAUGACGGCGCUUGGUUUGCCGUCGCUGAUCUCGGUGUUAGGCCCCCCCUGUACAAUGGCCGCAAGCUCAUUAGCUGGGAGUUCGACCUCCUCCUGUACAGAUCAUCCUCAGGUUCCGAAGGGUGGAUCUCCAAGCGGCUGUCACUGAAAGAGUUCAAGAGGGACAAACUUAUCCCUUUACCUCGGGCAGUCGACAGGCUGUACCACGAGACGGCGAAGACCAUCACCAUUGGCGGUGCGCAUGGCACCGUGGCUUGGGUGGACCUUUGGCGCGGCAUCUUCUUUUGCGACGUGCUCAGACAAUGCCCACAGCUCCAGGAUGUCCCGCUGCCGGAGCCGGCAAGGGCUAACUGGGAUCGCCUCCUCAGAAAUGGUAACCCCGGCUAUUUGCGGGACGUAACUGUCAGCCGGAACAAAGACUCGAUCAAGUAUGUUGAGUUGGAAUGGUUGGAAGUCCUGUCACCAGAAGAGCCGAAAGCCACCCCUGUUUCCUAUGCUGACUGGGUGCGCAAUAGCUCAAGGAAACCGCAGCUCAAGCGUGAUGGCUGGAAGUCCACAACAUGGAACAUGGCAAUACCGGUUGGUUCGUCGGAGGGCUGGCGCUGUGACUGUGUAGUUGACGUGAAAGACAUCAACUUGGAGGCUGGUGACCCAUGUCUUUCUGAUCUCAUGGCUAUGCUGAGCAGCAAGACCACAGGAACAUGGAAGGAACUUCCGUUGGGAUACCCCAUCCUAAGCAUGGAUGAUGAUGUCAUUUACUUGAUUUCUCAAACCAGACCCAGGAACAUGGACAAGUUGGCAAUGAUGUUUGCUGUCGAUGUGAGGAGGGCAACACUGCGAGGAUUGGCUGAGCUUGAUGUCCAGAAGACUACCAUGAACUUUUGUGCAAGUGAGAUCUGCAGGGUACCUGAGCAAUAUUAA